CCAGACAGGGGACAUGGUGUGGGAAAGGCAGUGGGGACAGGGCCCAGAGAGAUGAGGGCAGGAGCAGGGAGGUGACAGUCAGGAUGGUGAGAAGAAGCCAGAGACAGAAGCUGAAAAAACUGACUGGGCUGUGCGGCCGGGAGGAGGGGCUCCGGGUGAAGCGGAACUGUCCUUCUUGUGGCCCAGAGUAUGAGAGUGACGAGAAGGGGAGAGAGAACUCUAUUUCUGUUCAGUUGUUCCCUCCAGAGCUGGUGGAGCAUAUCGCCUCUUUCCUCCCAGUAAGAGAUGCAGUUGCCCUAGGCCAGACCUGUCACUACUUCCGAGAAGUGUGUGACACUGAGGGCGUAUGGAGGCGCAUCUGCCACAGGCUCAGUCCACACCUCCGGGAACAGGGUUCUGGAGUCCGGCCCUGGAAGAGAGCAGCUGUUCUGAACUACACGAAGGGCCUGUAUUUCCAGGCAUUUGGAGGCCGGCGCAAAUGUCUCAGCAAGAGCGUGGCCCCCCUGCUAGCCCAUGGCUACCGUCGAUUCUUACCCACCAAGGACCACAUCUUCAUUCUCGACUACCUGGGGACUCUCUUCUUCCUCAAAAACGCUCUGGUCUCCACCCUUGGCCAGAUCCAGUGGAAGAGGGCGUGCCGCUACAUUGUGUUGUGUCGUGGAGCCAAGGACUUUGCCUCCGACCCAAGAUGCGACACAGUUUAUCGUAAAUACCUCUACGUGUUGGUCACUGGGAAGCAGUCGGGAGUGGCAGGCACCACCAGCAGCCGGGCCUGUGACUGUGUGGAGGUCUACCUGCAGUCCAGUGGGCAGCGGGUCUUCAAGAUGACGUUCCACUACUCUAUGAGCUUCAAACAGAUUUCGCUGCUUGGGCAGGAGACCCAGCGGGCUCUGCUGCUCCUCACAGAGGAAGGAAAGAUCUACUCUUUGGUAGUGAAUGAGACACAGCUGGACCAGCCACGCUCCUACACAGUUCAGCUGGCCCUCAGAAAGUUGUCCUGCUGCCUGCCUCACCUGCGUGUGAGCUGCAUGACUUCCAACCAGAGCAGCGUCCUCUACAUGACCGACCAGGGGGGAGUGUAUUUUGAGGUGCAUAGCCCAGGGGUGUAUCGUGACUUCUUUGGGACCCUUCAAGCCUUUGACCCCCUGGACCAGCAGAUGCCACUUGCUGUCUCCCUGCCUGCCAAGGUCCUAUUCUGUGCCCUUGGCUACAACCACUUUGGCCUGGUGGAUGAAUUUGGCCGAAUCUUCAUGCAGGGGAAUAACAGAUAUGGGCAGCUAGGAACAGGGGACAAAAUGGACCGGGGGGAACCCACACUGGUGACAUUCUUCCCUGAACCUUCCAGCCAGCCUUCUCCCUUGGGCCCCCAGCCCCCUGCUGUCCCCCUCUCCAGGACCCUGGCCUUGUGUCCUCAGGUACCUUAUCUGCAACGCCCCAUUGCCCUGUGGUGUGGCCUCAACCAUUCCCUGGUGCUGAGCCAGGAUUCCGACUUCAGCAAAGAGCUACUAGGCUGUGGCUGUGGGGCCGGUGGCCGCCUCCCUGGCUGGCCUAAGGGGAGCGCCUCGUUUGUCAAGCUCCACGUCAAGGUCCCUCUGUGUGCCUGCUCCCUCUGUUCCACUAGAGAGUGCCUCUACAUGCUGUCCAGCCACGACAUCGAGCACUGCUUAUCCUAUCGGGACCUGCCAGCCCCCUGGGCGGUGGACAGCCUGGAGCCCAGCCUGGGGGCCAGAGCCCCCCAGGACACUGGGGUAGCAGCCUGGGCCUUCGAGGAGUACCUCAGCCAGAUCCACAGUUGCUCCACAUUGCAGGACCGCAUGGAGAAGAUGAAGGAGAUCGUGGGCUGGAUGCCCUUGAUGGCUGCACAGAAGGAUUUCUUCUGGGAGGCCCUGAACAUACUGCAGAAGACUCCUGGGGGGGCUGCCCCAGGCCCCUCAACCCCUGAGAGUUGACCCCGCUCCAGACCUCACCCCUGGAGGGACAGUGGCCUUGGGGCAAGGGCUACAGAGAGAUGAGUGGUGGCAAUGAACUCUGUAUAUCCACAUGAGGAGGGGUCACAGGGGGACGGGGGCAGCCAGACCUGGCAGGGUAAGGCAAGGAAUGAACACUUUUGUAAAAUAUUCAGGGGGCUGCCCAGGUGGAGCCCCCAACCUGAUACCAUGGAAAAGAGAUCUGAUGAACAAACAGAAUAAAAGGUUGAAGUAA